UGCAGCAGUGCAUCGGACUGAAGAGAGGAAAAAAAUGCGUCCAGUGGGAGGGACGUCGGACUGAACGUUAUAAUCUUCACUUUCCGGGUGAGUCGCCACCUUCCUGCAAAGUUUCAGGCCCAGUAAAGUCUUCAGCACAGCUCCCUGCACAUCCACUUUGGAAAACCACUCCUGCAAUGGCUGCGAUUGGAAACCGUGGGACAGUGACUGAGGCGGCCGGGUUCAACGCCGAGGCUGAUGCCCAGAAGCUUAGAGACGCCAUGAAGGGAGCUGGCACUAACGAAGCAACCAUCAUCGAGGUCCUGGCGCACCGUACAAUUGCCCAGAGGCAGCGCAUCAAGGAGGCCUUCAAAACAACUGUUGGAAAGGACCUGGCUGACGAGCUGUCCUCUGAGCUGAGUGGGAACUUCAAGGCUGUCGUUCUAGGGUUGCUGAUGCUGGCACCGGUGUAUGACGCCUAUGAGCUAAAAUACGCAAUGAAGGGGGCUGGAACAGAAGAAGCUGCGCUCAUCGACAUUCUCGCCUCAAGGUCAAACGCGGAAAUCAAAACCAUUUGCCAGGUCUACAAGAAAGAAUACGAGAAGGACCUGGAAGACGCUGUGUCUGGAGACACAUCUGGAAUGUUUCGCAGGGUUUUGAUCUCUUUACUCACGGCUGGACGGGAUGAAAGCGACAAAGUGGACGAGGCCCUGGCCGUGCAGGAUGCCAAGGACAUCUAUCAGGCUGGUGAGGCUCGAUGGGGCACGGACGAGGUUAAGUUUCUCACGGUGCUCUGUGUGAGGAACCAAAAGCAUCUGCUGCGAGUGUUCGAUGAGUAUAAGAAGAUUUCUGGACGAGAGAUCGAAGACAGCAUUAAAAGGGAGAUGUCUGGCAGCCUGGAGGACGUCUUCCUGGCCAUAGUGAAAUGCAUCAGAAGCAGGCCGGCAUUUUUUGCUGAGCGAUUAUACAAAUCAAUGAAGGGUCUGGGCACCACAGAUACCGUCCUGAUCAGAAUCAUGGUUGCCAGGGCAGAGAUUGACAUGUUGGACAUUAAGGCCCAUUUCCAGAAGAUGUAUGGGAAGACCCUGUACUCCUUCAUCAAGGGAGACACAUCUGGUGACUACCGUAAAAUCCUGCUGGAGCUGUGUGGAGGCGAGUAGAGGAGGCAUCAAAGCAGCAUCCAGUCGUGUCCUUAUUACCUGCCUCAAGAGCCUUUCUCCGCUUAUGGCUUUAAUCUGUCGUACCUUCUUUCCUCAACGGCCAAUCACAUUUCUGAGAACUGAGAACGGUGCUUUGUUUAAAAGUUUUUAAUACCAAUUAAACCAAAGACUAACGACCUUU